UUUUUUUCUCCCCUGUUUAUUUGUUUGUUUCUUCGGUCCUGGGAAAAUCUUGGCAAUGCAGGUUGGUGGACAUGUCAUGUUUAAACAAAUCAAAAGAUGAAAAGUCAGUUCUUGCAAAACACAAGAAGAGUUGCUUAAGAGAACUGACCUGUUAUUGCAAAUGAUCUGAUCAUAGAUGUAAAGUUGUACAAGUGCUUCUGUGUUUCUACAGAUCAGGAGUUUGUAGCAGAUUGUGUCCUGCCCCAUUGAACUUGUACUCUGUUAGUAGAGUUAUGUGGUGUAAAACAAUUUCUGUUAGGAGGAUUUGUUGAGCAGAGUGCCCAGCUGCUCUGCACCUUGCAGCCUUGGCCUAAAUGUUUGUGAUGGAUAGAAUUUUGAUCUAGAAAACUUGAAAUGUUCAGGUUUGUUUGUGCACAUACUAUGCCCGGGAGUUUCUCAUGCCCUUUCUCACCAAAAUCCAUAGAUGCUGAAAUUCUGCUCAUGAUUGCCUUACCGACAUAAUAUUUCUGUUUGCUCUCUCCCUGCAGGUACCUGAAGAAAAAGUUAUUAGUCUUUUCAGAAGAGGCUUCAAAUAGUUUACCUGUCUGAUUCUCAUUUAAGCCAUUGUAAGCAGUUAAUUCCUGGGUCAAGAACACGAGGGUGCAUCUAGAUCAUCAGACACUUUCACAAUGAUUUUACUGUGUAAAGAGAAAAAGCAAUGGGACGAGUCCAUGUUCUCCUACACAGCCUGAGGAGGACACUGAAGUUAACUACAGGAUAACAUUUGCAUAUAUAAGGAACUGUACAAAAAAAGUUCUCAACUCUUUGUGUGCUCAGCCUCCAAAACAAGAGACAGCAGCAGGAUGUCUGGGGUAGAAGAUGCUUUCCGUAAAUUCGCAGUAUACGGUGACACAGCUGCCAGUGGCAAUGAGAUGACCGGGAAAAACUUUUCCAAGAUGUGCAAAGAAUGUGGGGUGAUGGAUGGAAAAGCCGUGACCAGCACUGAUGUCGACAUAGUAUUCAACAAAGUCAAGACCAAGGGUGCCCGCACCAUCACAUUUGCUGAGUUCCAGCAGGCCAUGAAGGAACUCUGUGGUAAGCGCUUCAAGGGCAAAACACCAGAGGAAGCACUGCAGGCUGUGUAUGGCCUCAUCGAGGGGAAGGAGCCGGGCAGUGCAGGCACCACGAAAGCCACCAAGGUUGGUGGGGUUGAGAGGCUGACGGACACUAGCAAAUACACCGGCAGUCACAAGGAGCGCUUUGAUGAGAGCGGCAAAGGGAAGGGUCUUGUUGGCCGCGAGGACCUGAGCGACAACAGCGGCUAUGUUGGUGGCUACAAGGGAGCAGGCACUUACGACAAGACACAUUAGGCAUGAAACUGCUUAGGAAAGCAAGGACUUUCUUCCCCUAUUACUUGGGAGGAGAGGCAAAUAAAUAUCUCAUGCAACUGGCCUUCUGUGUCUGUGCACACCAAAUCUGACAGGGUGGGAAUGCAUGGGGCGGGCACUGGAUGAUG